AUGCUGAGAAAUAGAUCUAGAGCAGUGACCAGUAAGCAAAAGCAACCUACUAUGGCUGACCACAUCUCUCCUUCCCAAAAUCACACCAGACCACCCAUUUCUUCUUUCUUUGGUUAUCCGAGAUUUUUCAGUGGUUUUUUGGGGAAUGGUCACUCUGAGACUGAAACCACUAUGAGUCCAACUUCAAUUCUUGAUUGUAAAAAACCCCCUGCUUUUGCAAACCCAUUUGGAUAUGAUAGAAAUUUGUCUAAAUUCUCAAAUACUACUUUCUCAGAAGACAAACACUCGUGGGAAAGUAGUUCAGAUCCCAAAGGCAUUGGUGUUGCUCUUAUUGACUCACACGCUGAUGAAACAGCUCAUGAUGACAAUAUCUCCAAACCCAAUAAAAAAUGGUCUUGUUUGGAUCAAAGCUUAAGAUUCAAAUCCCUCGUCUUCCAUCCUCUGCUUUUUCUCCAGCUGACUCCCCCAAAUCCCCUGCCGAUUUCGGAAUCAAGACCCAGAAUUCACAAUUUUCUGGUUCUGCGUCUGGCUAAUGUGUAA